AUGGAACGAGAAGUGAUGGAAGUAGAAACAAUGAAAAAACAGAAUUCUCCAGCAGUUUCAACUCCACCACAACUUCAAAUACAUUCUCCUAAUGCAAUAACUUUUCCUAUAGCAAGUCCCAUGAAGAAAGCCAUUGAAAGCAUCUUCGAAGAAGUUGGUGAAUUCACCAAAUUUGAUCCACGAGAUGAUUGGCUUCCAAUCACUGCUUGUAGAAAUGGAAACGCUUAUUAUGCAGCUUUUCAUCUUCUUUCUUCUGGAAUUGGAUUUCAAGCUCUUGUUCUUCCCUUGGCCUUUACCACUCUUGGCUGGAUUUGGGGAAUUUUAAGUUUAUGUGUGGCUUUCACAUGGCAGUUAUACACGUUAUGGUUAUUGAUUCAGCUUCAUGAAUCAGACUUAGGGGUACGACAUAGCAGGUACCUCAAACUUGCUAUGGCAGCAUUUGGAGAAAAGCUAGGAAAAAUACUGGUACUUUUUCCCAUCCAGUAUUUAUCUGGUGGAACAUGUGUGACACUGACUAUGAUUGGAGGUGGCACAAUGAAGAUACUCUUCCAGAUUCUAUGUGGAGAUUCAUGCAGUUUAUACCAACUCAAAACCAUAGAGUGGUAUUUGGUAUUCACUGUGGCUGCAAUUUUGCUUGCUCAGCUUCCAAACCUUAAUUCAUUUGCAGGGGUUUCUCUCAUAGGAGCAACCACAGCUGUAGGAUAUUGUUCUAUAAUAUGGAUUGUGUCUUUACUUCAAGGUAGGAUUGAUAAUGUGUCAUAUGAGUCACCAAAGGGAGAAUCACAGGCUAGUAGGAUUUUUGGUGUGUUGAAUGCACUUGGAAUCAUUGCUUUUGCUUUUAGAGGUCACAAUCUUGUGUUGGAAAUACAGGGAACCAUACGUUCUGAGUCAAAGAAUCCUUCACGUUUGGCAAUGUGGAAAGGGGUUGUGUUUGCUUAUCUAGUCAUUGCCUUUUGUUUGUUUCCUUUAGCCAUUGGAGGCUAUUGGUCCUAUGGAAAUUUAAUACCUUCAAAUGGAGGAAUCUUAAGUGCUUUGCAGAAAUACCAUGGACAUGAUACAUCAAAAGUUAUCAUCGCUUUGACGAGUUUGCUUGUCGUCAUCAACAGCCUCAGUUCUUUCCAAAUUUACGCAAUGCCAAUUCUUGACAAUCUAGAAUUCAGAUAUAUCAGCAAAAAGAACAAACCUUGUCCGAGGACGCUGCGAAUAGUCUUCAGAUGUCUCUUCGGCUGCCUGACAUUUUUUAUUUCUGUAGCAUUGCCGUUCUUGCCAAGUUUGGCAGGUCUCCUCGGAGGCAUUGCUCUACCAAUAACCUUAGCUUAUCCCUGUUUCAUGUGGAUACUGAUUAAGAAACCAAAAAGGUUUAGCACAAGUUGGUACCUAAACUCGACGCUUGGAGCAGUUGGGAUGGUUCUAAGUGUACUGGUUGUAACAGGAGCCAUUUGGGGUAUGGUAGCACUGGGCAUUCAGAUCCACUUCUUCAAUCCAUAG